UUGAUAUGAUAUUCACGUCCAAGGGAGACCUCACUGGGACGGGACAGGUAACGCAAACCAUAAACCAGCGGAGGUUUACUGGCAAGGUGGACAUGAGAGUGUAGAUAUAAUGCUCAGACAUGGUGCCCUGUCAGACCCAUGUGUUGCUGAAGUGGCAGGAGCACUUUAACAGCUCCUGGGCUUCAGAGGACAGUGUACAGACAGCCAGGAGGGAUGGAGCUGCCGAGCUCUACAACAAGCUCCUCCACAACAAGGAGGUGGUGACUCUCGCUCAACCUGUUCAAGAGCUCGUCGGCCCACGCCUGCCAGACUUUGAGUGCGAGUCCAGUGCCUCAGCGGAGAAGGAAGAGUACCUGUCAUCCCUGCUUCACAGUCAGCGAUGGCUCACUCACCGCAUGCUGACACAAACUUCCUACACCCUCAGCCUCCACCACAGGCUGGUGGUCCUCCAAAGGAUCUACUACGCGCUCCAUAGCAAAUACCAUGACAAGUUCAGGGUGCAGCUCCCCUCCCAGUCCACAGACAGCGGAACUGAAUGUGGGCAACUCGAGCUGGCCUCAGAGCCCUGCAUGCCGGGCGCUGCAUCCAAAGUUAAAUCUGGUACAGAUGUUCUGAUAGAAAUGGGCGUGAGGACAGGUUUGAGUCUGCUCUUCUCGUUGCUGCAGCAGAACUGGAGGUACGCGGCCUCAGUGCAUCCAGAAUCGGUGCUUUGCAAUGACGUGCUUGCAACGGCCUCGUCUGUGCUGGCGUCUCUCCCGCCACUCUCCUUAGCCAAUGAGAACAAGAUCCCAUCUGUUGGGCUGGACUGCCUGGCACAGGUGGCCGACUUCCUGAAGAAGACGUCAGUGAGCAGCGGGGCUGGCGGGGCAGACCCGACCGGGCGGAGGUUAGCACUGGAGCUGCUCCUCGGCCUGGCCAUGCAAAGAGGCUCUCUGAAGUUUCUACUGGAGUGGGUGGAGGUUGCUUUGGCUGCUUCCAUGUCCUCAUCCACCUCUACACUGUCUUCCUCCUCCUCCUCACUGAGCUCUCAGUCAGCUGGUGUGGGCUUUGAUGUGGUCCAUCAAACCCUUCUUCAAAUGAGGCAAUAUUCGGGUUUCCGUGGGGACCCCGUCAAUACUCAGGUGCUAAAAAAGGAUGCUGAUGGACUCUGUCGUCUCUCUCAGGCUGCUCUCUGCCUGUUUGAGGAGAUUUGCAACCUGGCGUCCUACUGCCUGUGCUCCUGCAGCACGGAUGCAGCCUCUCCGGGUACAGAUAGUGACACAGUGAUGGUGUAUGUGUGGGGCAGCAACAGCAGCCACCAGCUGGCAGAAGGAACUCUGGAGAAAAUCCUGCUGCCAAAGCUGACCCAGGGCUUCAGUGACGCCCAAAUGAUUGAGGCAGGCCAGUACUGUACCUUCUCAGUGUCUGCGGAUGGUUCAGUGAAAGCAUGUGGAAAAGGCAGCUACGGUCGCCUGGGCCUCGGGGACUCAAACAACCAGUCCAUGCCCAAGAAACUUGUACUGGAGCCGCACAGGAACAUGAAGAAAGUGUCCUCCUCAAAGGGCUCUGAUGGUCACACUUUAGCCAUCACUGUAGAGGGAGAGGUGUUCAGCUGGGGUGAUGGAGAAUAUGGGAAACUGGGCCAUGGAAAUAGUGCUACACAGAAAUACCCCAAAAUCAUACAAGGGCCACUGCUGGGCAAGGUUGUUGUUUGUGUGUCUGCUGGGUACAGACACAGUGCUGCUGUGACUCAUGAUGGAGAGCUCUAUACGUGGGGAGAGGGAGAUUUCGGCAGACUCGGUCACAGUGACAGUCAGAGUCGGAAUGUGCCCACACUAGUGAAGGACAUCAGUGGUGUGGGUCAGGUGGCCUGUGGCAGCUCCCACACGAUCGCUGUGGCACAGGAUGGACGAACUGUGUGGUCCUUUGGAGGAGGGGACAAUGGUAAACUGGGUCAUGGAGACACCAACCGUGUGUAUCGCCCAAAGGUCAUCGAGGCUCUGCAUGGAUUCAUCAUCAGGAAAGUGUGUGCAGGCAGCCAGUCAUCUCUGGCCCUUACCUCUGCAGGACAGGUGUUUGCAUGGGGCUGUGGCUCAUGUUUAGGUUGUGGCUCCUCUGAAACAACCUCCCUAAGACCCAGGUUCAUAGAAGACCUGAGUAUCACCAAAAUCAUUGAUAUCUCAUGUGGAGACAGCCACUGUCUGGCUCUGUCACAUGAAAAUGAAGUGUAUGCUUGGGGCAACAACACCAUGGGCCAGUGUGGACAGGGCCACACCUCAACACCAAUCACCAAACCCAAGAAAGUGCUCGGUUUAGAGGGGGUGUCCAUCCAACAAAUCACUGCUGGCACUUCUCACAGCCUAGCUUGGACUGCAGUCCCAACGGAUAGGCAACUGGUGGCAUGGCACAGGCCCUUUUGUGUCGACUUGGAAGAGAGUACGUUCGCCUACCUGCGCAACUUCCUUGAGAGUUACUGUGAUGGCAUUGGGAACGACACACCUCCUGCUCCAUUCUUAUCCAAAAGGGACCACCAUCAGUUUCUCUUGCUGUGCAUGAAGCUGCUAUCCAUCCACCUGUCACUGGCCCACGCUGGAGGCACUGGGGCGAUGGUUUUGGGGGCUCAGGGGAGACCCCUCAGAAACCUGCUCUUCAGACUCAUAGAUACAAAUAUGCCAGACUCCAUACAACAGGCAGUUCUAAACACUCUUUCCAUUGGCGCAUCCCUGCUGCUGCCUCCACUGAGGGAAAGAACAGAACUGCUGCUCUCCCUCCUUCCUCAGGGCCCUCAGAGCUUAAAUGCCCUCUCCAAAGGACAGCGUCUGCAGUUGGACAUGGUCCUCAGCAGCCUUCAGGAUCAGAGCCAUGUAGCUUCUCUACUGGGCUACAGCAAUUUUGGGGAGGUGACAGUCCUGGGACCCCCUCUGACACCUGCGAUGUCUGUCAGGGCGGCUUCUUCAUCCAGCUCUGUUGAUGCUUAUGAUCCUCUGCACUUAGCAGAGGUGCUGCUCAGGACUCUCCUCCUCAGCAUAGGCUUUUACACGGAGCGAGCGUUUGGGGAAUUGGAGAAAAACAGUGAUAAGCAGCUGUCAACAGAUAGCCAAGGACAAUCUGAUCCUCCCUGUCACUUCCACCAGCUGUUGUCUGGACUUCACAAACACUUGCUCGCCCACUGCUACAUCCAUUCCAGCACUGAGGAUGACAGCAGUGUGACGCUGCUCCGUGAGCACCUUUACCUGCUGCUUCCAUGUGCUGCUGAAACACUCAGGAGAUCCACCAAACUGUUGAAGGACAGCUCCCUGGAUAAACAAAUCAUCAAGAAGCUGCACAUGGUGUUGUACAACUCAGUGGCAGGCAACCUGCUGAGCCAGGUUAUGUACUCCUUGCUGCUGCUGCCCCUGGCCACAGUUCAACCUCUCUUGAGUCAUUUACUGUCCUUGUUGGAGCACCUCAAUGAUUUCAACAGGCUGCUGCCAGAGACAGGCCUCCUGGAGGAACAGGAGCUUGGGGUGGAGGCUCAGAAAACCUCAGCAGAUAAAAGUGAAGAAAACACUUGCCAUGGACAGCAGCAACAGGAGGAGUGCCGGUGGGUUUGGCUGUUGGAUCUGGAGCGGUCGGUAGCGUUGGCAGUCGGCCGUUGCCUCGGUGGUAUGCUGCAGGGUCCCCCGCCCUCACUUCAGGAGAAACUGUCAGAGUUCUGGCUGUCAAAUGUCCUCCUCAGAAAUGGCCUGGAGACAGACUACGAACAGCUGAACUCUUGCAUGGCAUGGCUGACUGAGGUGGUGCUGCUGGGCAGUACUGAUGCCAGGCUGGCAGAGCUCAGCCUGAACGAGGAUACCAGAACUUUACUUGAACUUGCUCUGGGAUCCUCCAGAGGGGCAGCAGGGUGCCUGUGGCAGAAGAUGGAGGAGUAUGCACACAGUAAAGAGUGGGAGAGUGGAGGCUCUUCAGGAGACUGUUUGCUGCAGACUGUCUGUCGCUGCAGCCUGGCAGCUCUUCUGAAACAUACUGGGCUGCAGAAUGAGGCCUGCUGGCAGGACAGAUAUGAGCCCAGUGAGACGCUGUUAGACCUCUAUGAAACAGUUUAUAAAAUCAGAAGCACUCUGUUGGCUCAUAAAAACUCUCCAAGAAUGUCUCAGGUGCCGACGGCUGCCAAACAGACGACUCAGUCUCCCCAAAGUCCUGAUGCAGACCAGCCAGAGCCCAGCACCUCAGCCGAGCAGGUGGGAAAAGAUCAUGAGCAGCAGCCAAGAGGUCAAUGCAGCCGGGAGGUGCAGGUGCCCCCGACCCCCACAGCAAACCACAACCAGGAAGAGAUUACAGAGGAGGACACGUUUGGUAACAGUCGCAUGUACCUGUCAGAAGUCCUAGAAUCAUUCAUGGCCACCAGGGAGGCCAUGCAAGUCCAGCAGAGCGUGACAGUGUACGAGUCCUUCGGCACCUCCACCCUCCCCAGCAGCAUGGAGAGCCCCGUCAGUCCAGAGAGGGAGCUGGAUCCAAAGCAGCAGUGGGAGAGGCAGAGGGAAUCCGAGGAAAGCAUGUCUUUUCCCGCCGCCUGCCAUCUGGUGGUGUCCCGCUGUCUCUUCCUGCUGCUCGGGGUCCGGCCUGCAUGGGUGGAACCAAGUGAAAGUGAGAACAGCCAGGGUGUGAAGAACGGAGCAAGGAAAUCCACAUCAGAGUUCUUUGUGAUAUCUGCUGAUGGUCGUAAACAGACUGACCAAUCCAAAACGCCUCUCGGAUCUUCCAAGAAUAAAAUAGGUUUACCUCUGUGUUCUCUGGGCAUCAUGAAAGACGCCUGGGAUCGUCUGCGGCAGUGCAUUAGCCCAUCCUCUUCCAUGCCUCACUGUGGCAACCACACUCUACCCAUUCUGAACCAGGUGUUCCUCUUUGUCUGUGGAAGCCUGAGCCAUUUAUCAACCCCCUCACCAUCACUGCCUGCUGGACAGACGUGUUGCCAGGCAGAUCCCAAGGCCAUUACUUUUGCUAUACUGCAGCAGCAACAGAGGGCUGAGUUGCGUCUGGAGGCUUUGUGUCAGAUGUCAUCCUUCCUGUCUAAGAUGGAGGAAAAGAGUUCUCAGUGCCCUACAUUGUUGCAGUCAGUGCAGCUUCAGUUCCUGUCUGGAUGCUUUGCUUUGGGAACACAAAUCAUUAGCUCUCACUCUGGAGUAAAUUAUGAGCUGCAACAUUACAUGUCUGGUACUCAGUCAGCUUCACUCGACACACAAACAAACCUACAAACUGCAGCCCACACAUUCUACCAGCAGGUGGUGCGUGUCCUCAAACAGAGGGUUGUGCUGGAAAGAGAGCAUCCAGGUUCAUGCCAGCAUCUUCUGCUAGCGACCAUGUUUGCACUGAAUUUCUGCUACCAGCCAGUGGACCUGGUGCUGGUCAUCAAAUGUGGCAUCCUGGAAAUCCUCUCCACUCUGACCAACAACAGCUGUGCAUUGAUGAACCAGGGCUGGUUUGCAGCUUCUACAUCUGGAUCCGUGUUACUGAGUGGGGCUGUUAGGUUAGCUUGUGCCCGCCUGCUACAGAUACUGACAGUGGCUGCAAGCUCCUGUGAGGAUUUGCUGCCUUUGGAUGUGUCCCAUGCUCUGAUGGAAGUGAUGUGCGAGCAGCUCCAAACGAUACUGUACGCUUUCCACCAGCUGCAGACAGCAGAGAGAGGGACAGCUGAGCGAACAGAGCUUGAAUCUGGGAGCAAGAGCACAAAUCUACAAGGAGUGGAAAACAGCAAAGUUGUAGAAUGUCAGCUUGCAGACUUCCUGGUGUUUCUGAGGCGUGUGCUGUCGUUACGAGUAAUGAAAAGACUUUCCACUUUUGUUAAAUGGGUUGAUCCACUAAUGGCCAUAAUUUCACACAAGUGCACUUUAGGUUCUCCAUGCUUCCAGAACCUUCGUACGAAGCUUUUGGCCUUCCAUGUUUUGGAGAGACUGUUACCUGCUUGUUCUGAGCCUGCUCAAAUUCAACAGAUUGUUAAACAACUCUUUCAGCUUUCGUCUGUUUACAUGUGGAAGGAACCACUCAUUGAAAGAAACCACGAGGAAACUACUGAAAAGGAUAAAGGGAGCCAUGGCAGCUAUGAUGAAUGUAUUCCCAUUGGAGAUUUUUCCUUUGACCCUCAUAAACUGAUCUGCUGUUCUUUGGAGAGCGGGAACAUCUUGUCGCAUGGUUCUGGGGGGAAAGGUUAUGGCCUGGCGACUACCGCCAUCACAUCUGGCUGUUUUAUAUGGAAAUUCCACAUAACCAAAGAGAACAGAGGCAACGAGGGCACAUGUAUCGGCGUGUCCCGCUGGCCGGUUAGAGAUCACAACCAUCACACUACCACUGACAUGUGGCUGUAUCGAGCGUACAGCGGCAACCUGUACCAUGGAGGAGAACUGGUCCGCACACUUCCCUCUUUCACACAGGGGGACACCAUCACCUGCAUUCUGGACAUGGAGGCUCACACCAUUUCAUUUGCUAAGAAUGACAAGGAGCCUAAGCUGGCAUUUGAAAGCGUGGUUGCCUCUGAGCUGUACCCUUGUGUGUUGUUCUACAGCAGUAACCCUGGGGAGAAGGUGGCACUGCGUGACCUCCAGAUGAGAGGCAUGCCCAGUAACCUCCUUCCAGGGGAUCCUUUCUGCAGUCCCCGGGCCACGGUGCUGCUAGAGUCAACAGUGCAGCUCCUCCGCCGACUCCAUCAGUGUGACCAGUGGGCCUCACACAUCAGCGAGUACAUCCACACACACCUGGAGCUCAUUGGUCCCCUGCUGAAAGAAGGAGACUUAGGGAGCUGCAGUUCAGGUCCCUUUGAGAAGGAAGACAGUGAAAGAGAUGCUGUCGGUGAGGAUUCAGGGGAAUCACUGUCACAUCAUCGGUCUCUGUCAGAUGCCAAGCUGGCUGCUCUUUGCACUGAAGUGUGGCCGGUCCUUGCUAUGAUCGGAGGCGUGGACAAUGGUCUCCGGGCUGGAGGUCUGUGCCGACACAAGCCCAGUGGGCGACGGGCCAUCCUGCUUGGAGUCCUGAAGGAAGGAAGCACCUUGGCCAAGCUUCAGUGGGAGGAAACAGACCUCUCUGUCAGCGACACACCGAUCAUCUCGCUGGAGCCCUGUGACAUCUCCUGCUGCAGCAUCGCCCAGCUCGGAGGCCUCAAACCAAAGGUGUUGUUAGAUCUGAUUUAUUUAAUGGGGCUGUUGGAGGAGCAGGGAUGGCUCGGGGCAAAUCCGGCCCCCAAGAGGAAGCAGUCAGAGGAGAAUAUGAAGGAGAGUGAGGUGCAGUGUCGUCCGGAUGAAGACAUGACUGAGGAUGAUGAGAGGAAGAAGUUUAAAGAGCAGAGUAUUGAAACCGAUCCCUUCCCAGCACCGAUACCAAACAAAGAUGUUUCAAAGACCACUGAUCAUCAGGAAGUGACCUGUGUAACCCAUACACUCCAAAACUCCAAACUGGAUGCCUUUGCUGUCGAACUCAGAGCAGUCAGAGUCUCAUACCUUCUCACCGGAGCGUUGAAAACCCUGACUGUCAUUUUUAGUUGUGAGAAGCUCUCAGAUUUGCUUCUGGUGCCUAAACAUGAACCCCCCAACCCCACAGCGAGUCCCCCAACAAGCCCAAACCCUGAGCAGGUCAAGGCCAGCAGCAAACAGUGGGAUGAGAGCGCUGAGCUGAGGUCAGUGCUGCAGUAUGUGGUGCAGAGCAUGGUGAAAUGGGCUGUCAGGCCGUGUCCCAUCAAACAGAGCGUGUCUCUCGCUGACCUGGAGAGGGCGCAGGUCAUGAUCUACAAAGGAGCCAUCAACAGAAUGCAGGAGGACAAAGAACACAAAGAAUCCGGCCACCACUCUUCCUCUCAGCCCGUUUCCAAGUCGUCCAGCUCUGUGUCGUUGUACAGCGCUGGCUCAGAAGGCACAGCCAUCUUCGGCCAAUCAAACAUAGCCUCUGCCUCCUCCUCUAAUACUGACUUAGCCUCCUCUCUACCAACAAACCUGCAGGCAGAUGCCCUGGAUAGUUUCAACCCUUUCUUUCCCAUCAGCCUCCUCCAGCACAUGGUCUUAACUCGGUUCCCUACGCUUACCGGUCUGGUUAGCACCACGCCUGUGCUACACCCUUGCUUCAGCCUGGCCAGCUCUGCUUCUUGUGACGCCUUCACAGAGCAGCAGACUAGCUUCAUGGAACCAGGUCCCUGCAGCACACAGGCCAGGAGCAGCCUGGAACGGACACAAAUGUUUGUCACCAGUCGGUUGCUAGAAAUGGGAUUCUCUAUGAGACAUAUCUACUGGGCCAUGGAGGCAGCAGAUGUAGCGGGUGACCUCGACUCUCAAACCAUUGAGGUGUUAGCCAGCUGGAUGUUGGAGCACCCGCUGACUGAGGAGCAGCAGACCACUGAGUCAGCUCGACCGGAGGGUGCCCCUGACACCCCGUCGCCAGAUGGGCCAGAGACUGUACAGUGUCCUGAGAGACCCACCAGUCAACCCAGUGAAAGUUUGUUGCCUGGACUCGACUGGAUCGAGAGGGAGAACUUCUUAGAUGUCCACCUCACCAGGAAUAGACCUCCUCCAGCACGACGGCGUCGCUCAGGUCCCACUCAGAGGACCUCCUUCAGAAGAGCAGACUUGCCAUCACCCAACCCCCUCCCACAGCUUUUCCAGCAGCACACAUCUGUCAGCGAUUGGCCGGAGCAGGUGGAAUUUCAUCCCUUCUCUGCAGAGGAGGAGUCAGAGCUCGGCUACAUGGACGACCCGUACCAUGAGGAAAGUUACGAGGACCUGCUCACACCUUCAUUCUUUAGCCUGGAGAGAGACACACUCCAGAUAGUAGAGGCUGGAGAAGAACACAGUCAGAUGGUGAAGUGUGAGCUGUGCAACACCCUCACCCUGCAGUUUAACAACCACAUAAAGCGACGUCACCCGGGCUGCGGGCAGAGUGCAGCACGUAAAGGUUACGACAGCACUGGGGCUUAUGUGGACGUCUGGUUUAAAGGGGAAUGUGGCUCCAACUUCCCCUUCUACCUCCUGUGCAGCUCCUGCAGGGAGAAGUAUCUGGCUGCAAACCUGAGCGACCCAAACUCUAAGUAUGAAAGGAUUAAAGGUCUGACAUCUGAUUUGGUUGGCCACUUGGACAGCACCUCUGAUGAUGAUUGGGAAUUGAGCCACCAAGACGAGUGUGACACAGACAAGCUGACAGGACUGGAGGACUUCGGGCUUUUGCUGAGACCGCUGGGGCUGACAGAGAAGAAGCUGGUGCCAGAACCUAUAGCCUUCACAGAGCCGGAUCCCCUCGGAGCGCUGGUUUACAGCUCGGCUGACCCUACGAGAGCAGUUGCUCCCAAAGGGUAUACACUUGUUGAGCAGAAAGCUACCCUUAGCCUCGGACAGCAGGCUGUAUCCCUGAGGGACUCUCAUGACAGACUGAAAGCUCUGAGAAGAGUCACAUCCACAGCCCAGAUUCUGCUGGCUUACAGCAUGGUGAUGAGAGCUCUGUCUCAGACUGCCUCCAGUGCAUCAGUGUGCAGCCAGUCCAACGGUCUGGAGUCGUUAGGUCUGGCAGAUAUCCGUAUCCUGGUUCGUCUGAUGACUCUGGCAGCAGGAGGCAGAGCUCACACCUGUGUGGACAGACAGCCAGGUGUGAAAGGGCUUUCAACUGAGCGAAACAAUUCCACCUGCCUCAGCUUCCUCUCCUCUGCAAUCGGCAGUGUGGUGUCCCACAGCCCUGCUGCUUACAGACAGCUGGUGGAGAUCUGCACUCAGGACCUGAUGGCAGCAGCUACAGGAGUGAACAUCGGAGCCAUCAGUGAUCCUCAGCAGAGAGGCUGCCUAAACUCCAGUCUAACAUCAGCAGCUCAAGGAGCCCAGCAGCAGAAGGACUCCAUCGAGCAAACCCCUCCUACAUUCCUGGUCACACAGAGUCUGGUGUCCCUGCUCACUGAAAAGGGUGUUCACUGUUACAGCUUAGACAGAGCUGAACACGAGGCUAACGAUGCAGGAAACCAAGGGGUGUCUUCUGCAUCCUUGCCUCCUUCCCCUCUCCCCCACCUGAGCACCAGAGUGGGCCCUCUGGAGCUGGCUAACGCUCUGGCAGCAUGCGUUCUGUCUGCCAGGCUGACCAGUAAGCACCGCCAGUGGGCAGCUCAGCAGCUGGUACAGGCUUUGGCUGCCACAGGACGGGACAGUCCUAAUCGUCCUCAAACAUACAGUGACCUGGCCAGUGAUCUGCGCAAAUGUCCCCUCAAGAGGCUGGAAGGACAUUACAACAAGGUGAAGGACUCGCAAUGUGAUCUACACACUGAAAAAGUGACCAGCUGUUCCUGGAACAGCGAUCAAAGUCUGCUGGCUACCUGCUCCCAGGACAAGGUGGUGCAACUAUGGAACAUCAGUCAGAGCAGUGUGGAGUUACAGACCACCUUCUCCUGCAUCACGAGCAAAGCGGACAGGUCCAGCAGUGACAGAGGGGGCAGAUGUCAUCACAUGUCUCCUGUAUACUGGAGUACCGGUGGCAACUUUUUGGCAGCUCCAGAGAACAAACACAUCAACAUCAUGAACAUCAGGGGGUCUCAUUGCCAUGUGGAGGCUCAGGUGUCUCGGGUCACAGCCCUCUGCUGGGCUCAGGCCUUUAGCUUGUGGACUCUCGAGGAGCCAGCUGCCAGUAAGAGCAGACCCACUGAGAGCCUACUGGUGGGGCGGCUGGACGGCUCCCUCUGCUGGCUGCAGAUCACACUGCAGGAGGUCGACCUGCACGUCAAGACCACCGAACUCACCCAUUGCUACAGGAAGGAGGCUUCCCAGUGUGUGGCCUGGCACAGUGAGGACAAGCCUUUUGCAGUAGGCUAUCCCAGUGGAAAGAUACUUUUGGCCACUACAGAGACUUAUGAGAAUGAGCAGCCUGUCGAGCUGUCUGUGUUCCAGGAUAGUGUAACUUCGUUAAAAUGGGACCCCACGGGACACCUCCUGCUCUGUCUGGGCAGGUCAGAGGUGGUGAAGGUACUGGGACGCCAUGGGGGAACCUGGGUGACCCUCCACUCGCUUAUUCACAGCAGCACUGUUAACAUCGCAGAAUGGUGUCCACUUGCUGGCAGAGCACCUGAUCCCAGGCUCAUGGUAGCUGCUGGUUGUCAGAAUGGCUCGGUGCAUGUCUGGACAUUUCCACAGGGGGGUACCGUUGUAUCUUUGCCCAACAUACUGAACAGCCCCCCAAGCCAGGAUAAAAGCUCUGAAGCCAAGCAGGAGAGUGCAAAGUGUGUGCUUGUCCUGCAUGGUCACAUUACAGCCGUGAAGUCCCUGUCAUUUUGCUCCAGUGGACUUGCUCUGGUUUCUGGAGGGAUUGGGGGACUGCUCAACAUCUGGUCCUUACAGGAUGGUUCAGUCCUACAGACUGUCACAGGAUUGGGUUCAGUCGUCAGCACUACCUGGAUACCAAACUUGGGUGUAGCUGCCUGCUUUGGGAGGUCGAAGGAUGUGUUGUUGAUCUGUUGCACCCCUGACUGGAUUAGUCAGAAUCACGUGCUGUCUUCCUGUCGGAUGGUCCUCAGAAGCCAGAACAUCCUGGGUCUAAAUCGGGCUCCUUGUUUGGCCGUCUUCCUAGAGAGGCUGCCCUUGCUGCUGCAGGAACAGUACAGCUAUGAGCGGAGCCAUGUGGCAGCCGGUGAUCAGCUCGUCCACAGUGCCUUCCUGCAGAGUCUGGCCUCCCUCACCGUCGGUUUGUCCUUAGAGAAGCACCUGUGCCGCUUUCCACGCCCUCCACACCACACCACUCCUGAGCCCCACUCUUGCCCCUCAGAGUGGAAUUGGCUCUCCACGUACGCCACCACUGUCCGCAGUGCUGAGGCUAUUGCCAGCGGUACUGCCUUCCCAGAAUCUUUUAUUGCUUCAGAGUUUCAGGAGGUGGAUGAAAGUGGACUCGUGAAGGCACUGGACAACAGUAAGUGGAGCUUCCGGAUGGACGAACAGCUGAUGUCAUGGGCCACCAUCAAACCUGAGGACUGGCAACAAGGUGGGAAGAGUGAGGUGUACUUGUGGGGAAACGGACGGUACGGACAGUUGGCAGGAAUGGGAACAAACCUCAUGAUGCCUGCUCUCGCCCCCUCACUGUUACAAACACAACAGGUUGUGUGUGGACAGAACUGUACCUUCCUGGUCCAGUCCAAUGGGACGGUACUGGCUGUGGGAGAAGGACAAUAUGGCAGACUGGGUCAGGGGAACUCCGAUGAUCUCUAUAUCCCCACUAUUAUCUCUGCUUUUCAAGGUUAUGUUGUGACUCAUCUGGUGACGUCGUGUGGAUCUGAUGGACACUCCAUGGCUCUGACUGAGACUGGGGAGGUGUUCAGUUGGGGAGAUGGAGAUUUUGGAAAGCUGGGCCAUGGAAACAGUGAAAGGCAAAGGAGACCCAAACAGAUAGAGGCCUUACAAGGAGAGGAUAUUGUUCAGCUUGCUUGUGGUUUCCGGCACUCAGCUGUGGUAACUGCAGAUGGGAAGCUGUUCACAUUUGGCAGUGGUGAAUCUGGCCGCCUGGGUCAAAGGUCAACAUCCAACAAGAUGCUGCCUGAGAGGGUGGCUGCACUUGAAGGGUACCAUGUGGGGCAGGUGUCCUGUGGUCUUAACCACACGCUGGUGCUGUCACUCGAUGGCAUGGUUGUGUGGGCAUUCGGGGAUGGUGAUUAUGGCAAAUUGGGAACAGGUUCCUCCACAGCCAAGUACUACCCGCAGAAAGUGGAGCAGCUUUGCAACAAGGGAAUCAAGAGGGUCUGCUGUGGAACUCAGUUCUCUGUGGCAUUGGGCUGUGAUGGACGUGUUUACACAUUUGGACAAGAGCGUCUGAUCGGCCUGCCAGACGCCAUGCUGAAGAAUAAAUCCUGCCCUCAGGUGGUGCCGUCUCUUGAGGGGCUGUUCAUAGAAGACAUAGCUGUAGGCUGUGAGCAUGUUCUGGCCCUGUCCUCCACUGGAGACGUCUAUGCCUGGGGCUGCAACAGCGAGGGACAGCUUGGCCUUGGACACUCCAACCCUGUGAAGGAGCCCACGCUGGUAACAGCUCUCCAAGGGAAAAACAUCAGACAGAUCUCUGCUGGUCGCUGUCACAGCUCUGCAUGGACCACUCCCUCUAUCUCCAUAAAACACUCAGGUGGCCCUGGAAACUUCCAGCUUGGCCUUCCCCAGUCAGUCCCCCCACAGUACAACACUCUGAAAGACUGCAGCCCUGACGUCCUCAGCCUGCGCCUACGGGUUCUCUAUCACUUCUCUGAUCUCAUGUACAAAUCCUGGAGGCUGCUCAACCUCGACGCAAGACACCCAGUGUCCACUUCACGCUACAGUUCAGGGACGACAGCCAUCAUCCGCGGUGAACUCAGAGGCCUUUUAUCACCCAAGGUCAACACUCUGCCUCUGGUGCGCUCCAUUGGGAGGACGAUGACGCAGGGCAAAACAUAUGGGCCACAGAUUACUGUGAAACGGAUUUCCACCAGAGGGCGUUCGAGCAAGCCUAUCUUUGUGCAGAUCGCCAAGCAAGUGGUGAGUCUGAACCCCCUCGAGCUGCGGCUUCCUUCUCGAGCCUGGAAGGUCAAGCUUGUCGGAGAGGGAGCAGACGAUGCCGGAGGAGUGUUUGAUGACACCAUCACUGAGAUGUGCCAGGAGCUGCAGUCUGGCAUUGUGGAUCUUCUGAUUCAUACUCCCAACAGCUUUGCAGAUGUGGGCUGUAACACUGACAGAUUCCUAUUAAACCCUGCUUCACUCUCAGAGGAUCACAUAGUCCAGUUCCGCUUCCUGGGCAUCCUCAUGGCUGUAGCUAUCCGCACUAAGAAACCUCUGGACCUGCAUCUGGCUCCCUGGGUGUGGAAACAGCUCUGCUCAAUGCCACUGGGAGGGCUGGACCUGGAGGAGGUGGACCUGCUCACUUACCGCACCCUGCAGGGCAUCCUCCACCUGGACAACAGUGGAAUCACAGAGGAUAAUUUCCACGUGAUGAUCCCACUGGACUCGUUCAUGGCCCACAGUGCAGAUGGAAGGCUGGUUCCCAUUGUUCCUGGAGGGCAAAACUUAUUGCUCACAUUUGCAAAUCGGAAUGAAUAUGUGGAGCGAGCUCUGGACUACAGGCUGCAUGAGAUGGACUCACAGGUGGCAGCAGUCAGAGAGGGCAUGUCCACCAUCAUCCCCGUGCCCCUCCUCUCCCUGCUGACGGCACAGCAGCUGGAGCAGCUGGUAUGCGGCCUGCCAGAGGUCUCGGUCGAGAUGUUGAAGAAGCUGGUGCGUUACCGUGACAUCACAGAGAGCCACCAGCUCAUUGGCUGGUUCUGGCAGAGCUUGGAGGAGUUCACCAACGAGGAACGAGUGCUUUUCUUGCGUUUCGUCUCUGGCAGGUCAAGGUUGCCUUCCAACCCCGCUGACAUCACACAGAAGUUUCAAAUCAUCAAGGUUGACAGGCCAAUCAACGGCCUCCCCACCGCCCAGACCUGCUUUUUCCUGUUCCGCCUCCCCCCGUACACGAGCCAGGCCAUCCUCGCCGAGCGACUGCGUUACUCCAUCCACAACUGCCCCUCCAUCGACAUGGACAACUACAUGCUGACUCACAACACGGACCCUGCAGACAGCUCGGACACAGAGGACUGAAGCAGCCACACGUCUUCAACAGUGUGAUGAAUGUAACUUCUCUCAUGCCAUGCACAUUAUGCACUGAACACUAAUUUUUAUUCGCCAAACCUGUACGGUGGUGUACUGUUUGUAUGUUGGUCGAUUUAAAGAUGUGUGUAGUUUGGUUCCAGUUUUUCAACUGUGCAAGGUGUUGUAAUUAUUGCAGUGACAACUCUGAAUCAAAACUACAGGGAUACUGAAUAAGAUUUUUAAAUCUAUAGGUCAAUAAGCCACACUAAGAGUUCAUGUGCCUGUUUGUUUGAAAAUAAUGUAAUAAUUUAUUGUCCUGCCCCACACAGGCAGUAUUAUUGUAAAAUAAAGUGUUUCAAUAAGGA